UAGAAAAUAAGCGUGAUUCCAAGUAAAAAGGUCCCAACUUGGUGCAGUGCCUGACAGAAUUAUCAGAGAUGUGGUCGAAUCAAGACUUGUCGGAAACGAAAACAAUGCUGGAACCCAGCAAAAAAUCGGAUUAUUGGAUAGUGGGAAUUGCUUUGAUCAUUUUCUUCACUUCAGGUAUUUUGAUUGGUCGAUAUGGAACCAGCCAUGAUAGUCAACAUGUUUUAGACGUCAAGCAGUUGGUAAUUGACCAGAUCUCUACAGAUCAAAUAAGCUCUAAUCUAAGGUAUUUGACGAGCACGCCGCAUGUGGCUGGAACAGCCCAAGACUUGUUACAAGCUGAAUGGAUGAGAGAUCGUUUUCUGGAAGCAGGGUUGGAUGAAGCUAAAACGGUUCCAUACGACGUAUUGCUCUCGUAUCCGCUGCCAGGAGUGAUGAAUAAAGUUUCACUGAUCGACGACCAUGGUAGAAUUAAUUACACUACAGCUGGUCGUCAACCGCCCCUUGGAUCUCCCGAAGAAUAUUCAGAGGAUAUCAUGCAUAACUUCAACGCAUUCUCGGCUAGUGGAGUAGUUGAGGGAAAUGUUGUCUACGUCCAUUAUGGUCGAAAGAAGGAUUACGAGUUUUUGUUGUCACGCGGAAUUAAUGUUUCUGGUCACAUUGCUCUGAUUCGAUUAGGGGUGAUAUUUCGUGGAUCCAAGGUGGAGUUAGCUGAAAGAUAUGGUGCAAUUGGAGCGAUUCUAUUUUCCGAUCGGAUUGAGAAAACGAGUCAGGACCGCAAUUUUACCUAUCCCGAUAGCUGGUGGAUGCCGGGCACUGGAGCCGAGUAUGGUCACGUCGGCCGCUUGCGAGGUGGAGACUUAUUGACGCCCUACUACCCGGCCAUUGAAAGCGCUUUCAGAAUUAAUGAAGACAAUCACCCAGGUCUGCCUAAAAUUCCCGUACUGGCAAUAGGUUACGAAGAAGCUGAAGUAAUUCUUAGACAUAUCUCCCCCGAAAACCCUGCGCCGACCAAAUGGGGCGGUAAAAUGGAUGCACCCUACAAUAUUGGUCCUAAUCUUCGCUAUCCUGGAUGGAAAGUUAGGUUAGACGUCAGCAUCACCAAUGAAAGGAGAACCACUUUCAAUACAAUCGGAAUUUUAAAAGGAUCAGUCGAAGAUGACCGCUAUGUUCUCUUGGGGAAUCACCGCGAUGCCUGGACAUUUGGAGCAUUGGACCCGUCAAGCGGCACGGCGUCUAUGAUUGAAAUUGCAAGGGUUUUUGGAAACAUCAAACGCGAACAAAAUUGGCGACCUCGUAGGACAAUAGUGUUCUGUAGCUGGGGCGCUCAUGAAUAUGGAUUGGUGGGAUCAUAUGAAUGGACCCAGCAACACGCAAAAGUUCUCAACCAAAGAGCUGUGGCGUAUCUUAACGUAGACACUGCCGUCAGUGGUAACCGCACUCUCUUUGGCAACGCUUUUCCCACCUUGAAGCAUUUGUUGGUCGAUACAGCUAAACUUAUACCGAAUCCGAAUGUCAAUGAAGUAAAGUUUGGUCGGAAAACAGUCUUUGAUACAUGGAUAACGCAAUCGCGAGAUCGAGAAAUUGUUGAUCAACCCUCGGUAGGGAAUCUUGGUGGUGGUAGCGAUUUUGAAGGAUUUUCUUACGUCGUCGGGAUUCCAGCAGUUGAUUUUGGCUACAUGACAAACGGUGCUUACCCGACCCGAUAUUCCCUGUACGAUAGUUAUCAUUUGGCAAGCAACAUUGUUGAUAGAGGAUUUGUUCACCACCAAGCCGUGGCACGAAUGUGGGCCGUCAUGGCUAUUACGCUCUCUGAUUCUACUGUUCUGCCGUUUGAUAUCUUAGCUUACGCAUCCUAUCUGAAUCAGUCAUUAAGUUUGCUGCAAAGUAGAUACGGAGGUGUUUUACUACAGAAUGGCGUUUCGCUAAAACACGUACGAGUAUCCCUUGACCAUUUCGUAUUCGCUGUAAAGAAUUUCAACAAUAACGUGCUGAAGAAUGUUGACCAUUCUGAUAUUAUGGCAGUGCGGCGAAUUAACGAUAAGCUCAUGUAUUUGGAACGCUUCUUCAUCGACCCGAAAGGCUUACCUGAGCAUCCUGAAACUAAUCACAUUGUAUUCUCGACAAGCACCAGCGAUUCCCACACGUUCAGCUCUUUUGCUGGACUUGUGGAUUUGAUCGUAAAAGUGGGAAAUAACACAGAAGUAGACGACCCGGACACUUGGAUCAAGAUUCGUCAUCAUCUUUCUGUCGUAGCAUUUUUAAUUGGAGAGGCAGGCCGAUCACUCAAUGGAGAUUUUUAACGUCGGCUUGUCAGUUCAUUAUAGCGUACAUUAAAUUUUAUAUUUUAUGUGAUCAUUUAAGCAGUGAAACCUCAGUGAAUAAAAAGUAAGACAAAA